AGGAGCCCGAAUUCGCAAACAGAAGAGCUAGACGACGAAUACCUCCGCACUAUAACCAUUCAAGGCCGGGACUAUCAGCAGUAUUCGAUCGAUAACAAGAUUUCGUUUGAACCCGUGGACGAUGAUGAAGCGGAGCGGUUGGAUCUCCAACACCGAAUCUUCACCAGGGUUUUUGACCACCGGCUUGUCUUCCCUCCGAUCACUCGCUUGCGAAGAGUUCUGGACUGCGGCUAUGGUACCGGGUCAUGGGCCAUUGAUGUUGCAGAACAAAAUCCAGACUGCGAGGUUAUUGGAGUUGAUAUUUACCCUUUCAUGAACCCAGACGAUACUCCGGAAAACCUCUGGCUUCAGGUAGAUGAUUUAAACCAGCCUUUCACCUUCCCCCCGAAUCACUUCGACCUUGUCCACUCGAGACUUCUUGCGGGAGGGAUCAAUCGGUCCCGAUGGCCAUCGUAUAUUCGAGACAUCAAAAGAGUCCUGAAACCUGGAGGAUGGGUACAAAUGGUCGAGAUAUACUUCAAUGUCCAAUCAGACAAUGGUUCCAUUAACGAAGGCCAUGUAUUGAGGCAAUGGAGCUCGAAUCUCAUGAGAUCUAUGGAAGAGUCCAAGGAUCUUCGAGUAGGGACUCGUUUGAAGACCCUCUUGACCGCAUCAGGCUUUACGGAAGUUGAUGCAAAGAUGAUUCCUCUGCCUCUCUCCGCAUGGCCUGACAAUCCCACAAACCGAAACAUAGGAGCUAUGAAUAGUGAAAAUGUCACCAGACUUCUUGCUUCCUUGUCGUUGUAUCCGAUGACUCGAUGCCUCCAUAUGCCACAACCGCAAUACCUAGAUAUGCUAUCUGAAGCUCAGAGAGAAGCGAGUGAUCCUCGUUUAAAAGCUUACUUUCCACUGUAUGUUUGUAUCGGUCGAAAGCCUCGGCGUUGA